GCUGCGGGGGGUUGAAUGUAAGAUGGCGCCCAGGGAGCUGUGAGGGGAAAAGAGUCGGGCCGAGGCGGUGGCGGAGCGAGGCGGCGGCGGGGCCAGGAAUGUUACAAGUCUAAGAGCUCAGGACAAGUGCAGCAGAAAUACCUGCAACAUGGUGACUGGAAUCCUAAGGACCUUGCAAUAUGAAUAAUUCUCUGGAGAACACCAUUUCCUUUGAAGAAUACAUCCGUGUGAAAGCACGAACAAUCCCUCAGCACAGGAUGAAGGAGUUUCUCGACUCUCUUGCUUCCAAGGGGCCUGAAGCUCUCCAGGAGUUCCAGCAGACAGCCACCACCACCAUGGUAUAUCAACAAGGUGGAAACUGCAUUUAUACGGACAGCACAGAGGUGGCCGGAUCUUUGCUUGAGCUUGCCUGUCCCGUUACAACCAGUGUCCAGCAGCAAACCCAGCAAGAGCAACAGAUACAGGUUCAGCAGCCACAACAGGUCCAGGUACAGGUCCAGGUCCAGCAGUCCCCACAACAGGUCUCUGCCCAGCAGCUCUCUCCCCAGCUCACUGUCCACCAAGCCUCAGAGCAGCCGAUACAGGUCCAAGUUCAGAUCCAAGGCCAGGCACAGCAGCAGGCGUCCCAGACGAUACAGAGUCAGUCUCUUCAGAGCCCUAGCCCAUCUCAGCUGCAAGCGGCUCAAAUCCAGGUGCAGCAUGUACAGACUGCCCAACAGAUCCAGGCCACUGAGAUCCAGGAGGAACACAUACAGCACCAACAGAUCCAGGCCCAGCUUGUGUCUGGACAGGCCAUUGCUGGUGGCCAACAGAUCCAGAUCCAGACAGUUGGAGCACUGUCACCUCCACCUUCUCAGCAGGGCUCACCACGGGAAGGCGAACGGCGGAUCGGCACCGCUAGUGUCCUUCAGCCAGUGAAGAAGCGUAAAGUAGAUAUGCCUAUUACUGUGUCAUAUGCUAUUUCAGGGCAGCCAGUUGCCACGGUGUUGGCCAUUCCUCAAGGCCAGCAGCAGAGUUACGUAUCUUUAAGGCCGGACUUAUUAACAGUGGACAGUGCCCACCUAUACAGUGCCACUGGGACCAUUACUAGCCCCACUGGAGAGACUUGGACCAUCCCUGUUUACUCAGCUCAGCCACGUGGUGACCUUCAGCAGCAAAAUAUAACCCACAUCGCCAUCCCCCAGGAGGCCUACAAUGCUGUCCACGUCAGCGGCUCGCCAACAACACUGGCUGCUGUGAAGCUGGAGGAUGACAAGGAUAAGAUGGUGGGAGGCGCAUCUGUAGUGAAAAACUCACAGGAGGAAGUGGUGCAAACUAUCGCUAACUCGCUCUUUCCAGCACAGUUCAUGAAUGGCAACAUCCACAUUCCAGUGGCAGUGCAGGCCGUGGCAGGGACAUACCAGAAUACAGCUCAGACAGUGCACAUAUGGGACCCGCAGCAGCAACAGCAGCCCACACCCCAAGAGCAGGGGCAGCAGCAGCAGCUACAAGUGACUUGUUCUGCUCAAACUGUUCAGGUAGCUGAAGUGGAGCCCCAGCCACAGCCUCAGCCUUCACCUGAACUCCUGCUUCCGAAUUCUCUGAAGCCAGAAGAAGGGCUCGAAGUGUGGAAAAGCUGGGCCCAGACCAAGAAUGCCGAGCUGGAAAAGGAGUCUCAGAACAGGCUAGCCCCUAUUGGCAGACGCCAGCUGCUGAGAUUCCAGGAAGAUCUCAUCUCCUCUGCUGUGGCUGAGUUGAAUUAUGGGCUAUGCUUGAUGACACGAGAAGCUCGCAAUGGUGAAGGCGAACCAUAUGAUCCAGAUGUACUCUACUAUAUCUUCCUAUGUAUUCAGAAGUAUCUCUUUGAAAAUGGACGAGUAGAUGACAUUUUCUCGGAUCUCUAUUAUAUACGGUUUACCGAGUGGUUACAUGAAGUUCUCAAGGAUGUACAGCCCCGGGUCACCCCUCUUGGUUAUGUCCUCCCCAGCCACGUAACAGAAGAGAUGCUGUGGGAGUGCAAGCAGCUGGGAGCUCACUCUCCUUCCACCUUGCUCACUACACUGAUGUUUUUUAACACCAAGUACUUCCUGUUGAAAACGGUAGACCAGCAUAUGAAGUUGGCCUUCUCCAAGGUCUUGAGGCAGACCAAGAAGAACCCUUCCAAUCCCAAGGAUAAGAGCACGAGUAUCCGGUACCUGAAGGCACUUGGCAUACACCAGACAGGCCAGAAAGUUACAGAUGACAUGUAUGCAGAGCAGACUGAGAAUCCAGAGAACCCCCUGCGGUGCCCCAUAAAGCUCUAUGACUUCUACCUCUUCAAAUGCCCCCAGAGUGUGAAAGGCCGGAAUGACACAUUUUACUUAACUCCGGAGCCGGUGGUAGCCCCCAACAGCCCGAUCUGGUAUUCCAUCCAGCCAAUCAGCAGAGAGCAGAUGGAGCAGAUGCUCACUCGGAUCCUGGUGAUACGAGAGAUUCAGGAAGCUAUUGCUGUGGCUAAUGCCAGCACCAUGCACUAAGGCACCCUGCCCAGCUCCGAAGGGGGUGGGGUGGUGGGGGGAUGACGAGCAAGGAUAAAUUGUACAGACUUUUACACUAAAGGAGAUGCCUACGUUUUGUUUUUUAUUGGUGUAGUUAUGAAGCCCUUUUAGGCUUCUUCUGUUUAAAAGAAUCUAAAAGGAAAACCUACCCAUUGUGUAUCCUACCAAACACACUGAGCUGUUAGAACCAUUGGAGGCUGCAUUUCUCUGCCAGCUCAGAGCUGUUGAAACUGCUGGUUGACUUUGGUUUUUUAUGAUGUAGAAAACAGAACGUGAGCUAUGGGAUUGGCCUGGAUGGCUGGGGCCUCUGAUGCCUCCUCGGAGCACGUGCAGCCUGGAGAGCGCAGAAUGAUGGAUGGACCUGCUCAGCCAGCCAAGGAGAGGCAGGUGUCUCUCCUUUGUGCUUAGACAUUAAUUUGCUGUUGUCCUGGAAGAAGAAGGAGGAGGAGAGUGAACUGCAAUUAUGAUUUCUAAAAAACAAUUUCUAUUCAGACCUUUAAGUGACAUUUUUAGAUGUUAAAAGUAAAAAAAAACAAAAACAAAAACAAAAAAAAACAACUUUACCACACUUUUUUUUUUUGGCCUGACAUUGAGGCCUUAAACCUUGAGGCUCCUGUGCCUGCUGGAGUUCUUGUACCAUACACUUGUGUAUCAUAUAAAGAUACCACCCUGUUUCUCUUAUGUAUUCUUACUCUAGUUGUUUAUUAAGAAUGACGAGCACGUCUUUUCAACAUGC